UUAUAAAUAUAUUUAAAAAUAAGUAUUUCGACAUUCCGGCGGUGGAAAUUAUGUGACACACCACAACACAACAUACACCAGUCCAGAUCCCCAACAACCACGUCCCAUUCAUACCGCAAAUAUUUUUUAACCGAGUGCCAAAAAGCAACGAAGCGAGUCAAUAAUUGUGAUUAAAAACAAACAACAACGAAAAAAGCCAAGAGUGAUUAUUAAUUAGCCCGCAAAGAGCCAUAGUCCAGCCAGGUGCAAUAUUCGGUGAUUACCUCAUCUGUGUCAGCCCGCUCGCUCAAAAAGCAAAAUGGUAUCAAAAAGCAAUAAAAAGAAACAAGUGUCUCAGCAGCAGCAGCAGCAGGCUUCGUCGUCGUCGCAGCCACCAGCAACUUCGAGCACAACCACAUCAUCGUCGGCCUCGGCCACGAAGCUCACGAAAAAACUGGGUCCCGAUGCGUUUGCCACUCUGACCACCAACCAGAGCUCCUCCUCCAUGGAGCACGAAUCUGUGUCCUAUGGCGGGGGCGACAUGGAGCCUGUGGCCAGCACCUCUGCAGGUGUUGAAGGUAUCGCCUCCUUGCCGGCAGCUGGUGUCCGCAGCUAUAGCAGCCGCAGCUCCAAGAGCAAGGCCUCCCAGUCGCACUCCUCCUCAACCUACACAGAGCAAUCUCAGCUAACCCACGGGCAGAGCAGCAAGAUCUCCUCCCGGGAUUAUGCCAACAACGCCAAGAUCAUCUCCUCGAUUGAUCUGUUGGAGAGUGAAAAGAAAGAGCCAGUAUUCUCGGUGCCCAUUGAGGUGGUGGAGAUCACAACGCCCACGCUAUCCGUCUCCGCCAGCGGGGGCAGUGUCUCGAAAAUGUUCGCCGCCUCCUCGUCGUCGAUCUCCACCAGCCAGCAGCAGCAGCACCAGCAGGCCAGCAGCUCGUACUUCGAGACCACAACCAGUUCCAGUCGGAGCGCCAACGAAACGCUUAUUGCGAGCGAGAGAGCCGACACGGCUACCGGUAUGACAUCAUCCGAGCCGAGGAAACAGGUUGGCUUCGACACCAAGACAGAGACCAACACCAGCAGCACCAACAUGAGCAGCACCAACAUGAGCAGCAGCAACAUCAGCAGCAGCAACAUCACAAACACAAACAUCAUCAGCAGCAGCAGCAGCAGCAGCAACGGCGGGGUUAUUAAUUUGGGCGAAUCUCAGAGUGUGCCAAAGUUGCCGCCAGUCCGCGGAACAGCUGAUGGGCCUGCAUCCGUGACGUCGCAACCGGUUUCCGCGACGUCUGGCGCGACCACAACAAAGGCAACGGCGACGACGUCAUCCACGCGACGCAACGAUAAACUGGAAGUGGAAGCGGCGGGCACAGACACACGCACCGCCACCACAGCUGUUCGUGGAGCUACGUCAUCGUCUUCUUCGCUGGUCGACCAGUCGACGCUAAAGUCCAGCAAAGAGGUCAGUGAGAGCACCGUCCUCAAAAGCUCCAGCAGCAGCAAACAGUCCAAGUCGUCGUCCAAGAAGGAGGUCUACGAUGUGAAGACCAAGUCCUGGACAGAGUACAGCGAUGGCAGCACGGCAAACAAGAGCCGUCCUGCCUUCGAGCGGUAUGUGAGCAAGGACACCGAUGGCAGCUCCAAGGUGACGUACAAGAAGAAGAUAUACGACAGACGCAACAAUCGGUGGCGGGUCGUGGACGAACGGACGGUGGACAGCAGCGCCGACACGGGCUAUCCCGAAAUAGUGGAUGAUGUCAUCAACACAACACGGACAACGUACACCACCAAGGUGUAUGACACGAAGCUCGGCAGGUGGACGGUUGUCGACGAGAAGUCGUUCACUGAUACGAAAGCUUUCGUGCCCAAUGACAUUGCUCGGGAAAUCGAGAAAGAUAAUACCGAUGUUGCAAACAUAACGACUACCACGGAGGUAACGAAGAUUUUCGAUGCUAGCAUCAACGACUGGCGCGUUCUGGAUGAGAAGGUGCACACGGAUGUCAUUGAGAAGAUCGUAGAGGCUCCCAAGAAGACCAUUUACGUGGACGAGUUUGUGGAGAUUGAGAAGAACACCUCGAUAUCGGAGAACAAUGAGAACAUAACCCUGAACCUCAAAGAGACAUCGAAACACAAAAAUAUUACCGAAAAUAUUUAUGAUGAAAUCGAUUAUGUGCGCACUGAUAAGCAACGCCUAGACGACUCAAGAACCCGGGGAGUCGCAAAGAACAAGACGACAACACACAGCGAAAGGUGUAUUUGUGAAAUCUGCACUUGCGGACGACAUCACUGCUCAAACAGCACUGCGAAAUCGACAGAGAAAACCAUUAUUGAAACCGAUGAUACCUUAGACGAAACAUAUACGAGGAUACGUACGAAUACCUGGUCGAAAAAAGAAAAUGGAAACAUUCCCAAGCAAAAUGAAGACAUUCUAGUGGACUACGUAGUCAUUAAGAAGCCACAAGAUAAUUUAAAACCCGAGGGUGACUUUGUUGUUCCGCCAAAAGAGCCCUACAAGCCCGGAGAAAAACGGGAGAAAAUUGUGCACACCGACAACCUGCGUACGGAGGGAGAAAUGACUUUCGUGGAAAGGGAAGAAUAUCAGUAUACUGUCCGUCCUGGAUAUGUGAAGCCCACAGAUAACCUCAAGCCCGAAGGCGAAUUCUACAGUCCGGAAAAGCCAACGUACCAACCAGGAGAUAGGCCAACUCAAGUGCGGCAUCAGGAUAACCUGAGAUCCGAAGGCGAGUUCUACACCCCCGAGAAGCCUGGUUACACCCCAGCAGAGAAACCAGAAAAAAUCGUCCGCACUGAUAAUUUGCGAACAGAAGGUGAAAUGACCUUUGUGGAGAAAGAGGAAUAUCAAUAUGUGGUGCGUCCUGGACAAGUUAAGCCCACGGAUAACCUGAAGCCAGAGGGUGAUUUUUAUAGCCCCGCGAAACCGAAAUAUCGCCCUGGCGAACGUCCUGCUCAAGUCAGGCCAGAAGACAAUCUCAAACAAGAGGGAGAAUUCUACACUCCAGAGAAGCCAGGAUUCCGUCCUGCUGAGAGGCCGGUCCAGAAGAAGCCAGAGGACAAUUUAAAGCAGGAAGGAGAAUUCUACAGCCCCGAGAAGCCAAAGUACAGGCCAGGGGAAAGACCUUCUCAAGUCAGGCCAGAGGAUAAUCUUAGACAAGAGGGAGAAUUCUACACUCCUGAGAAGCCAGGAUUCCGUCCUGCUGAGAGGCCAGUCCAGAAAAAGCCAGAGGACAAUCUGAAGCAGGAAGGUGAAUUCUACACUCCAGAGAAGCCAGGAUUCCGUCCUGCUGAGAGGCCAGUCCAGAAAAAGCCAGAGGACAAUCUGAAGCAGGAAGGUGAAUUAUACACUCCAGAGAAGCCAGGAUUCCGUCCUGCUGAGAGGCCAGUCCAAAAGAAGCCUGAAGAUAACCUUAAAUCCGAAGGAGAAUUCUACAGCCCCGAGAAACCCAAGUAUAAGCCAGGCGAAAGACCUUCGCAAGUCAGGCCAGAGGAUAAUCUCAGACAAGAGGGAGAAUUCUACACACCAGAGAAGCCAGGAUACAGACCAGCAGAAAGGCCAGUCCAGAAGAAGCCUCAGGAUAACCUGAAGCCGGAAGGUGAAUUCACAAAGCCUGAAAAACAAGUGUACAAACCUGCUGAUAAAACCGAAAGAAUUAUUCGAAAAGAUAAUCUGCAUACAGAAGGGGAAAUGACAUUUGUGGAGAGGGAAGAGUAUCAGUAUGUGGUUCGUCCUGAUCAAGUAAGGCCAACUGAUAAUUUGAAACCAGAGGGAGAGUUUUACAGUCCUGAAAAGCCUAGGUACCGUCCUGGAGAAAGACCUACCCAAGUUAGACCAGAAGACAACCUUAAGCCUGAAGGUGACUUUUACACACCUGAAAAGCCAGGAUUCAGACCUGCUGAGAGGCCAGUUCAGAAGAAGCCUGAAGAUAACCUUAAAUCCGAAGGAGAAUUCUACAGCCCCGAGAAGCCAAAGUACAGGCCAGGCGAAAGACCAUCUCAAGUCAGGCCAGAGGAUAAUCUCAGACAAGAGGGAGAAUUCUACACUCCAGAGAAGCCAGGAUUCCGUCCUGCUGAGAGGCCAGUCCAGAAAAAGCCAGAGGACAAUCUGAAGCAGGAAGGUGAAUUCUACACUCCAGAGAAGCCAGGAUUCCGUCCUGCUGAGAGGCAAGUCCAGAAAAAGCCAGAGGACAAUCUGAAGCAGGAAGGUGAAUUCUACACUCCAGAGAAGCCAGGAUUCCGUCCUGCUGAGAGGCCAGUCCAAAAGAAGCCUGAAGAUAACCUUAAAUCCGAAGGAGAAUUCUACAGCCCCGAGAAACCCAAGUAUAAGCCAGGCGAAAGACCUUCGCAAGUCAGGCCAGAGGAUAAUCUCAGACAAGAGGGAGAAUUCUACACACCAGAGAAGCCAGGAUACAGACCAGCAGAAAGGCCAGUCCAGAAGAAGCCUCAGGAUAACCUGAAGCCGGAAGGUGAAUUCACAAAGCCUGAAAAACAAGUGUACAAACCUGCUGAUAAAACCGAAAGAAUUAUUCGAAAAGAUAAUCUGCAUACAGAAGGGGAAAUGACAUUUGUGGAGAGGGAAGAGUAUCAGUAUGUGGUUCGUCCUGAUCAAGUAAGGCCAACUGAUAAUUUGAAACCAGAGGGAGAGUUUUACAGUCCUGAAAAGCCUAGGUACCGUCCUGGAGAAAGACCUACCCAAGUUAGACCAGAAGACAACCUUAAGCCUGAAGGUGACUUUUACACACCAGAAAAGCCAGGAUUCAGACCUGCUGAGAGGCCAGUUCAGAAGAAGCCUGAAGAUAACCUUAAAUCCGAAGGAGAAUUCUACAGCCCCGAGAAGCCAAAGUACAGGCCAGGGGAAAGACCUUCUCAAGUCAGGCCAGAGGAUAAUCUUAGACAAGAGGGAGAAUUCUACACUCCUGAGAAGCCAGGAUUCCGUCCUGCUGAGAGGCCAGUCCAGAAAAAGCCAGAGGACAAUCUGAAGCAGGAAGGUGAAUUCUACACUCCAGAGAAGCCAGGAUUCCGUCCUGCUGAGAGGCCAGUCCAGAAAAAGCCAGAGGACAAUCUGAAGCAGGAAGGUGAAUUCUACACUCCAGAGAAGCCAGGAUUCCGUCCUGCUGAGAGGCCAGUCCAGAAAAAGCCAGAGGACAAUCUGAAGCAGGAAGGUGAAUUCUACACUCCAGAGAAGCCAGGAUUCCGUCCUGCUGAAAGGCCGGUCCAGAAAAAGCCAAAGGACAAUCUGAAGCCGGAAGGAGAAUUUUACAGCCCUGAAAAGCCUAAAUACAGACCUGGAGAAAGACCUUCCCAAGUCAGGCCAGAAGAUAACCUAAAACCAGAGGGAGAAUUCUACACUCCAGAGAAGCCAGGAUUCCGUCCUGCUGAAAGGCCUGUCCAGAAAAAGCCAGAGGACAAUCUGAAGCCGGAAGGAGAUUUUGUGAAGCCUGAGAAACAAGUCUACAGGCCUGCUGAGAAGACAGAGAAGAUCAUCAGAAAGGAUAACCUUCGCACUGAAGGCGAAAUGACUUUUGUUGAAAAGGAAGAGUAUCAGUAUGUUGUACGUCCUGAACAAGUAAAGCCGACUGAUAAUCUGAAGCCCGAAGGAGAGUUCUAUAGUCCCGAGAAACCUAAAUACAAACCAGGCGAAAGACCUUCUCAAGUCCGGCCGGAGGAUAAUCUUCGAUCUGAGGGAGAAUUCUACACUCCAGAGAAGCCAGGAUUCCGCCCUGCUGAUCGUCCUGAUCAAGUACGGCCAACCGAUAAUCUGAAGCCGGAAGGAGAGUUUUACAGCCCUGAGAAGCCUAAAUACAGACCUGGAGAAAGACCUUCCCAAGUCAGGCCAGAAGAUAACCUAAAACCAGAGGGAGAAUUCUACACUCCAGAGAAGCCAGGAUUCCGUCCUGCUGAAAGGCCAGUCCAGAAAAAGCCAGAGGACAAUCUGAAGCCGGAAGGAGAUUUUGUGAAGCCUGAGAAACAAGUCUACAGGCCUGCUGAGAAGACUGAGAAGAUCAUCAGAAAGGAUAACCUUCGCACUGAAGGCGAAAUGACAUUUGUUGAAAAGGAAGAGUAUCAGUAUGUUGUACGUCCUGAACAAGUAAAGCCGACUGAUAAUCUGAAGCCCGAAGGAGAGUUCUAUAGUCCCGAGAAACCUAAAUACAAACCAGGCGAAAGACCUUCUCAAGUCCGGCCGGAGGAUAAUCUUCGAUCUGAGGGAGAAUUCUACACUCCAGAGAAGCCAGGAUUCCGUCCUGCUGAUCGUCCUGAUCAAGUACGGCCAACCGAUAAUCUGAAGCCGGAAGGAGAGUUUUACAGCCCUGAGAAGCCUAAAUACAGACCCGGAGAAAGACCUUCCCAAGUCAGGCCAGAAGAUAACCUAAAACCAGAGGGAGAAUUCUACACUCCAGAGAAGCCAGGAUUCCGUCCUGCUGAAAGGCCAGUCCAGAAAAAGCCAGAGGACAAUCUGAAGCCGGAAGGAGAUUUUGUGAAGCCUGAGAAACAAGUCUACAGGCCUGCUGAAAAGACUGAGAAGAUAAUCAGAAAGGAUAACCUUCGCACUGAAGGCGAAAUGACAUUUGUUGAAAAGGAAGAGUAUCAGUAUGUUGUACGUCCUGAACAAGUAAAGCCGACUGAUAAUCUGAAGCCCGAAGGAGAGUUCUAUAGUCCCGAGAAACCUAAAUACAAACCAGGCGAAAGACCUUCUCAAGUCCGGCCGGAAGAUAAUCUUCGAUCUGAGGGAGAAUUCUACACUCCAGAGAAGCCAGGAUUCCGCCCUGCUGAUCGUCCUGAUCAAGUACGGCCAACCGAUAAUCUGAAGCCGGAAGGAGAGUUUUACAGCCCUGAGAAGCCUAAAUACAGACCUGGAGAAAGACCUUCCCAAGUCAGGCCAGAAGAUAACCUAAAACCAGAGGGAGAAUUCUACACUCCAGAGAAGCCAGGAUUCCGUCCUGCUGAAAGGCCUGUCCAGAAAAAGCCAGAGGACAAUCUGAAACCGGAAGGAGAUUUUGUGAAGCCUGAGAAACAAGUCUACAGGCCUGCUGAGAAGACAGAGAAGAUCAUCAGAAAGGAUAACCUUCGCACUGAAGGCGAAAUGACUUUUGUUGAAAAGGAAGAGUAUCAGUAUGUUGUACGUCCUGAACAAGUAAAGCCGAUUGAUAAUCUGAAGCCCGAAGGAGAGUUUUACAGCCCUGAGAAGCCUAAAUACAAACCAGGCGAAAGACCUUCUCAAGUCCGGCCGGAGGAUAAUCUUCGAUCUGAGGGAGAAUUCUACACUCCAGAGAAGCCAGGAUUCCGUCCUGCUGAUCGUCCUGAUCAAGUACGGCCAACCGAUAAUCUGAAGCCGGAAGGAGAGUUUUACAGCCCUGAGAAGCCUAAAUACAAACCCGGAGAAAGACCUUCCCAAGUCAGGCCAGAAGAUAACCUAAAACCAGAGGGAGAAUUCUACACUCCAGAGAAGCCAGGAUUCCGUCCUGCUGAAAGGCCUGUCCAGAAAAAGCCAGAGGACAAUCUGAAACCGGAAGGAGAUUUUGUGAAGCCUGAGAAACAAGUCUACAGGCCUGCUGAGAAGACUGAGAAGAUCAUCAGAAAGGAUAACCUUCGCACUGAAGGCGAAAUGACAUUUGUUGAAAAGGAAGAGUAUCAGUAUGUUGUACGUCCUGAACAAGUAAAGCCGAUUGAUAAUCUGAAGCCCGAAGGAGAGUUUUACAGCCCUGAGAAGCCUAAAUACAAACCAGGCGAAAGACCUUCUCAAGUCCGGCCGGAGGAUAAUCUUCGAUCUGAGGGAGAAUUCUACACUCCAGAGAAGCCAGGAUUCCGUCCUGCUGAUCGUCCUGAUCAAGUACGGCCAACCGAUAAUCUGAAGCCGGAAGGAGAGUUUUACAGCCCUGAGAAGCCUAAAUACAAACCCGGAGAAAGACCUUCCCAAGUCAGGCCAGAAGAUAACCUAAAACCAGAGGGAGAAUUCUACACUCCAGAGAAGCCAGGAUUCCGUCCUGCUGAAAGGCCUGUCCAGAAAAAGCCAGAGGACAAUCUGAAACCGGAAGGAGAUUUUGUGAAGCCUGAGAAACAAGUCUACAGGCCUGCUGAGAAGACUGAGAAGAUCAUCAGAAAGGAUAACCUUCGCACUGAAGGCGAAAUGACAUUUGUUGAAAAGGAAGAGUAUCAGUAUGUUGUACGUCCUGAACAAGUAAAGCCAACUGAUAAUCUGAAGCCCGAAGGAGAGUUCUAUAGUCCCGAGAAACCUAAAUACAAACCAGGCGAAAGACCUUCUCAAGUCCGGCCGGAGGAUAAUCUUCGAUCUGAGGGAGAAUUCUACACUCCAGAGAAGCCAGGAUUCCGCCCUGCUGAUCGUCCUGAUCAAGUACGGCCAACCGAUAAUCUGAAGCCGGAAGGAGAGUUUUACAGCCCUGAGAAGCCUAAAUACAGACCUGGAGAAAGACCUUCCCAAGUCAGGCCAGAAGAUAACCUAAAACCAGAGGGAGAAUUCUACACUCCAGAGAAGCCAGGAUUCCGUCCUGCUGAAAGGCCAGUCCAGAAAAAGCCAGAGGACAAUCUGAAGCCGGAAGGAGAUUUUGUGAAGCCUGAGAAACAAGUCUACAGGCCUGCUGAGAAGACUGAGAAGAUCAUCAGAAAGGAUAACCUUCGCACUGAAGGCGAAAUGACAUUUAUUGAAAAGGAAGAGUAUCAGUAUGUUGUACGUCCUGAACAAGUAAAACCGACCGAUAAUCUAAAGCCGGAAGGAGAAUUCUACAGCCCCGAGAAGCCGAAGUACAAGCCAGGCGAAAGACCUUCUCAGAUCAGGCCAGAGGAUAAUCUCAGACAAGAGGGAGAAUUCUACACUCCAGAAAAGCCAGGAUUCCGUCCUGCUGACCGUCCUGAUCAGGUACGGCCCACCGAUAAUCUGAAGCCGGAAGGAGAGUUUUACAGCCCUGAGAAGCCUAAGUACAGACCUGGAGAAAGACCUUCUCAAGUCAGACCAGAGGAUAAUCUCAGACAAGAAGGAGAAUUCUAUACUCCUGAGAAGCCAGGAUUCCGUCCUGCUGAGAGGCCGGUCCAGAAAAAGCCAGAGGACAAUCUGAAGCCUGAAGGAGAGUUCUACAGCCCCGAGAAGCCCAAGUAUAAGCCAGGCGAAAGACCUUCGCAAGUCAGGCCAGAGGACAAUCUUAGACAAGAGGGAAAAUUCUACGCUCCAGAGAAGCCAGGAUUCCGUCCUGCUGAUCGUCCUGAUCAAGUACGGCCGACCGAUAAUCUGAAGCCAGAAGGAGAGUUUUACAGCCCUGAGAAGCCUAAAUACAGACCUGGAGAAAGACCUUCCCAAGUCAGGCCAGAGGAUAAUCUCAGACAAGAAGGAGAAUUCUACACUCCAGAGAAGCCAGGAUUCCGUCCUGCUGAGAGGCCAGUCCAGAAAAAGCCAGAGGACAAUCUGAAGCCGGAGGGAGAAUUCUACAGCCCCGAAAAGCCGAAGUACAAGCCAGGCGAGAGACCGACUCAAGUAAGACCAGAGGAUAAUCUCCGCUCAGAGGGAGAGUUCUACGCGCCGGAAAAGCCGGGAUUCCGGCCUGCCGAGAGACCUGUGCAGAAGAAGCCACAUGAUAACCUGAAACCGGAAGGAGAUUUUUACAGUCCAGAAAAGCAAUCAUUCAGGCCUGGCGAGCGACCAUCCCAAGUUCGUCAUGAGGAUAAUCUAAAACCUGAAGGCGAUUUUUAUGCACCAGAGAAGCCAGGCUAUAAGCCAGGUGAGCGACCGGUAGCGAAGAAACCUGUGGAUAAUCUUAAGCCUGAGGGAGAAUUUGUUAAACCUGAGAAGCAAGUCUAUAAACCAGCGGACAAAAUUAAAAAGAUCAUUCAAAAGGACAAUUUACGCACUGAAGGCGAGAUGACCUUUGUGGAAAAGAAAGAGUAUCAAUAUGUUGUCAGACCUGAGCAAGUAAAGCCAACUGAUAACUUGAAGCCCGAGGGCGAAUUCUUUAGUCCCGAAAAGCACAAAUAUCGACCUGGAGAGCGGGUAACCGUUGUAAAGCAUAAGGACAACCUGAAGAUGGAGGGAGAAUUCUAUGUUCAAGAAAAAAAGAGCUUCCAGCCUGGUGAGAGACCCAAGCAGAAGAAACCGCAGGACAACUUAAAACCAGAGGGCGAGAUAGAUAUCCCAGAUAAGACCAAGUAUAGGCCGGCUGACAAGGUGACCCGAGUUGUUCACAAGGAUAAUCUUCGAACUGAAGGAGAAAUGACUUUUACGGAAAAAACUGAAUACCAGCAUGUUGUAAGACCAAGUCCAGUAAAGCCAGAAGACAAUCUGAAGCCUGAAGGCGUUAUGUACACUCCUGAAAAGCCAAAAUAUGAGCCUGGGUCUCGCCCCGAGCAAAAGAGGUACGUCGACAAUUUAAAACCCGAGGGUAAGAUGCACAUCCCCGACAAAGAAGGCUUCCGGCCGGCAGAUAGGGUAAAGACUGUAAUUCGCAAAGACAAUCUGAGAAGUGAGGGUGAAAUGACAUUCACCCAGAAGGAGGAGUACCACCAUGUCAAGCGACCCGAACAGGUGAAGCCAAGCGAUAACUUAAAGGUGGAAGGCGAGUUUUACACACCAGAUAAGACGACCUUCAGGCCUGCGGAGCGACCGGUCCAAAAGAAACCCAAGGACAACCUGAAGCCGGAGGGAGAAUUUUAUAAGAGAACCGAUCGAAGCGAGACCGAUAGCACGACACUUACUGAGACAAUUAAACGAGAAACGCCCAAGCGACCUGUUGACAACUUGAAGCUGGAAGGCUCGAUGACAGUUACCAGAAAGGAUGAUUACAAAACGACGACCAACAAGACAACCGUGGAUAAGGUUCAACGCACUCAAAAAUACAAGCACAACAGUUCAUCCAUCACUUUGGGCAGUGAUACGGCAAUCCUGAAGACUACCAACCAGAUGAACUUCGUGUCCGGCAAGGACGCAGUGAAGCAAGUCGAUUCCAACAGUCAAAACCCUGUGGACGGUCUCAUCGUAGUGUCCACGAAAAAGGUGACCACUGUGAUUGGUGGCCGCCACAAGAAGGAACCCGAAACCGAAUAUGUCAAGAGGCCAGCGAAGAUCAAUGUGAUCGAGAAUGUGGCGAAGAAUACGACUACGACAAAUAUUGAGAACACCCAAAACAUUCACAAGGAGACCACGUCUAUGCAGAGAAACCAUAACCUAGUCCAAACUGAUCUAUCCACGAGAGCCAUCGAAACGAAUCAGGGAAAUGUCACCAGGCAUAUCACAGGGGGCGAUACUACCUCACGAGUGGUGUCAGGAGGACCCGUAACUGGCGAUACAUCAUCCACUCGCAUUGUUUCGGGUAAAAAUGUGACCAGCAACGUGUCGGAGGACUCAACUACACGAGUAGUAACCGGCAGAAACGUCUCCAGCAACAUAACUGGGGAAACUACAUCAACAUCCCGUGUGGUUACAGGAAGAAAUGCCUCCAGCAAUAUCAUCGGGGGUGAUGCGACAAGUCGAGUCACCGACGACUCAGCAACCCGAGUGGUUUCCGGUGGCAACAGGAAUUCUAGCCACAACAUCGUGACCGGUAGCUCCACCACCUCCAACAUGACCAGUUCCAAGCACUUCCAUCACCGCAAAAGCGAGUUCUCCUCGGAGGCCGAUGUCUCGAAUACGAUAUUUCAUCGCAAGAAUGUCACCAGCGAUUCGAACACAGCCAACGGCAGCCUCACCUCGAACGGGAAGAUGAUGCGGAAGAGUAUUCUGAAUCUGCACGAGCAACCCUCCAGCAGUGCCCAUGGCGGGGAGCAGCGUCAGAGCUACAGCAGCAUUCACCGGCAGAAUCGGGACUCCGAGCUAAAUACCAGCUUCUCGACCGAGCGUCGAACCUGUAACGUGCACAAGGAGAACGUCAAGAACUCAUCAUCGUCGUCCUCGAUGUCUCGAAUAAUUUCUGGAGGAGGAGGAGGAGGAGGAGGAGGAGUCACCGGAACAACUGUGACACGCACCCAUGUCUCGGGCGGGGGUGGCAUCGAUUUUCCAUCUCAAUCUACACACUCCCAUACGACGCGUCAUCGGGGAAGCCAGCAUGUGUCCAGCUCCAGCGGGGGCAUCGAUUUCCCCUCCUACAGCCAUCAUGGCCAUCACACCGAGCGCAUGGUCACCACCACCCGUCGCGGCAAUCAGUCCUCGAUUAGCCUGGGCAACGACAAGUUCACCGGCGCCAGUCUCUACAAGAGCGAAUACAUUACUGCCCCGAGCACCACCACCUGUGCGGUGCAUAAGAUAAACAAAGGUGCAUUCCAGCAUACCAGGAGUACUCAAGAACACAAGUUCUUCAAGACCUCAAACUAACGCGAAAGCCGAGCUUAUCCCUUUGCCUCACUAACAAACAAGACAUACAUAUCCCACAAUAACACUAGAUGCCUAAGCUUCCAUGACAAUAUACUUUACAUUUGUUUUCUAUGCAAUUAUUAUACAAACCAAUUCGAGAACGAUGAUUAACAAUAAAGAUAAAGUAAUAUUUUUCAAAUUUCGA